CAGCUGCUGCAGGCAGAGACGGUGGCUCCUCUGUCCCCAGACUGACUGAGCUUGUGAGUGACCCCGAGGCAGAAGAGCCCAGAACCAUGUGGAGUCUCGGGGCCCCGUUUCUGCUGCUCACGGCCUGCCUGGUGGUGAGUGCCAGUCCCGUGCUGAUGCCACCCAACGACAUCCAAGUGCAAGAGAACUUCGCUAUCUCUAGGAUCUACGGGAAAUGGUUCCACGUGGCCAUUGGCUCCACCUGCCCAUGGCUGAAGAAGUUCAUGGACAGGAUGUCCAUGAGCACGCUGGUGCUGGGCGAGGGGGCGACGGACAAGGAGAUCAGCAUGACCAGCACUCGUUGGCGGAGAGGCACCUGCGAGGAGAUCUCCGGGGCUUAUGAGAAAACAGACACUGACGGAAAGUUCCUCUAUCAUAAAUCUAGAUGGAACAUCACCAUGGAGUCCUAUGUGGUCCACACCAACUAUGAUGAGUACGCCAUCUUUCUGACCAAGAAAUUCAGCCGCCACCAUGGGCCCACCAUUACCGCCAAGCUCUAUGGGCGACAGCCACAACUUCGAGAAAGCCUGCUGCAGGAGUUCAGGGAGGUUGCCUUGGGUGUGGGGAUCCCCGAGGACUCCAUCUUCACGAUGGCUGACAAAGGUGAGUGUAUCCCUGGGGAGCAGGAACCAGAGCCCUCUCCACUCAUGAGAGCCCGGCGGGCUGUGUUGCCCCAGGAAGAGGAAGGAUCAGGGACCGGGCAGCUAGUAACGGAUUUCAGCAAGAAGGAAGAUGCCUGCCAGCUGGGCUACGCAGAAGGCCCUUGCCUGGGGAUGGUCAUGAGGUAUUUCUAUAACGGCUCCUCCAUGGCCUGUGAGACCUUCCAGUAUGGCGGCUGCCUGGGCAACGGCAACAACUUCGCCUCAGAGAAGGAGUGUCUGCAGACCUGCCGAACCGUGGCGGCCUGCAACCUCCCCAUAGUGACCGGCCCCUGCCGAGCCUUCCAGAAGCUCUGGGCAUUCGAUGCUGUCCAGGGGAAGUGCGUCCUCUUCACCUAUGGUGGCUGCCGAGGCAAUGGCAACAAGUUCUACUCGGAGAAGGAGUGCAGGGAGUACUGUGGCGUCCCCGGCAAUGGUGACGAGGAUCUUCUGCACCUGGCCAACUGACCGGCCCUCAGGCCACACGGUGGCGGGAAGGGUGCGGGCUGCGUCUGUCUCAGUGCCCCACGGCAGGCCGGGCCGGGUGACCCGGGUUCAAAUAAAAACAAAAUCACAGACUCCUGAAA